AUGUUGCCCGUGGCGCGCCUUAAAAACAAGGCGGCGAACGUGCGUCUGUCGCUCGUGAUCGAGCCCGACUCGCUGCCCAACAUCGCGACGAACAUGGGGAUGAAUCGGUGCGACGCGACGACGGAUAAGGAGUACACGGAGGGCGUCGCGUAUGCCAUCGCGGAGCUCUCGCAGAUCCCCGACACCACGCUCUAUCUCGACUCCGGCUUUGGCGGCUGGCUCGGGUGGCCGGAGGGAAUGAAGCGCGUGGUGGCGGUGUACAUGAAGGUCCUCGCGCGCGCGCGGCAGAUCCGCGCGAACGCCAAGAUCCGCGGCUUCACGUCUAACGUGGCCAACUACAGCCCGCUCUUCGCGAGGAGCUUCCCGCUCUUACCCUCCGUCUGUCCCGCCUUGGAGAAAUGCCCACUGGUGAAGAACCCGAGCACGGGCGAGACUAACUACGACUGGAACCCUUGCAUCGACGAGAACCGAUUUACCGCACGAAUGAAUGCGUACCUGGGAGCCUUGGGAUUGCCGACCAGGUGGAUCGUGGAUACCAGCCGGUCCGGCCGCGCUGGCAUUCGCAACCGCUGGGGGUCGUGGAACUACGCCUCCAUCCUCCGCGAGUACAACCACAUCACGGAUCUGGUGGCGAUUGCGAUCCGCUUCUCAAAGACCGGCCAGCCGCAGCGCAUUUGCAGGAAGGAGCGGUGCAGAGGGUGGGCAGCAGUGGGAGGGAGGCGGCGUGGCAUUGAGAUAGAAGGAGGGUGGGAGCAGGCGCAGGGGUACAUGGAGAGCAUGGGACAGUGGAGGAGGGGUGAUAGGGACGGAGAAGAUGAAGGCAGGGGAGGUGUGAUGGGAUUGAGUGAGAGCGAUGCAAUAAAGGGUUGUGCUGGUGUUGGUGGCAGCGAGUGGCAAUAA